CCGUUAAGUCAGUUUAAAUGGCGACGACCGUUAAGUCAGUGAAGACAACCGUUAAGUCAGGGGCGACAAACCGUUGGAAACAACCGUUAAAUCAGCGAAGACAACCGUUGUAGACGACCGCUAAGUCAGUGGUUACGACCGUUGAAGACGACCGUUAAGUCAGUUUAAAUUGCGACAACCGUUGAAGACAACCAUUAAGUCAGCGAAGACAACCGUUGCAGACGACCGCUAAAUCAGUGGUUACGACCGUUGAAGACAACCGUUAAGUCAGUGGAGACAAACCGUUGGAAACAACCUUUAAAUCAGAGAAGACAACCGUUGAAGACAACCGUUAAGUCAGUGAAGACGACCGUUAAGUCAGUGAAGACGAUCGUUAAGUCAGUUGUAAAAUGGCUAAAAGUUUCUUUUGUUCUCCGAGCCAUAGUUUAAAGUUUCGAGAAGCCUCUUUUGAGCUACUCACAGAUUUCCUUGUUAAUCUCAACAAAAGAAACAAAGACAACCUCAACAGUUUAUCAACAUGUAGCGGGAACUUCAAAGAGAAAAGACUAACUGAACACAUCUUCCUGAUAACUAAAGAACUAAGACUUGAUCCUCUGGCUGCAUACCACGCCAUCGAAUUACUUCAAAGGUUCAUGGUCAAGCACCUUACAGAUUUGUUGACCACACCCACACCUCAGGGUGCAGCUGCUGAUCAACCGGGAAGUUAUGAGGAUGCUGUGUUUGACAAACUCAAGGAGAAAUUCCCCCUCAUCGUCUUCUCCUGCGUGCAACUCGCAAGCAAACUGUCUUUGCACAGUCACAUAAUCGACACCAAUACCGCUGUACGCUUUCUGAAUUCAGUCGGCCACAAUGCUUCCAAGCAUACUGUCCUGGAAUCAGAGCUGAUGGUGUUAAAAGGGCUUGAAUUCAGACUGAAUGCUCCUAACCCUCUGAUGUAUGUGGAAAUCCUUCUGGAGGUGCUUGGACACAAUGAGCCAUCACUCCCUGUGGAGCGUCUGCAUCAGCUGUGCCAACACGUUCUCCAGUUUGUCAGCCUACAGAGGACUGCCAUCUACGACUCCUUGUUAGUGACGACCACUCAGUGUGCCAGCCCACCCACAGAACACAGAGAGAAGUUUGUGACAGUGACUGAAGACUGCAUGCUUCUUGGUGUUGGUGUCAUCGCCGUGGCGACAUUCAUCCUCUAUGUCAGAAAAUGGGAACAGAUAACGGGAGAACUGAGCCACAUCACAGGAAUCUCCAGGAGGAGCAUCAGAGAUUUUGCUCAUGUGACACUGAUGCACAUUGUUGGAACCAGUUCCUCUGUAACACCAACUUGAGUCUUGAUAACACUCGUUCACUGAAUCCUGCUUUAUACUCUUAACUCUUUAUGAUUUAAAUUUGAUCUCUAGUUGUAGAAGGAUAUGCACCUAAGUGAGAUGAUUGGAUUAAAACAAAGCAACAACUGAAAUAUCUCAUGAAAUGAAAUGGUGCCAAAAGAAUAAAUCACUAUAGAGUGGUCACUUAUUAUAUAAAUGAACACUUGAUACUUUGCUAAAUGUAAUGGAUAUUAUAUUAAACAAUAACACAAUCUGAA